AGCAGUCAGUAGCAGAUCACUCUUCUACUCGGCAGCGAGUCAUAUAUUUCCAGCAGAAACCAGCAGAACACCGGCACCGGCCACCACCAGCCAUCACCGGCAGAAAACCGUCACCGGCCACCACCACCACCGGGCUGAGCUGAGAGUGCAAUUUUAUUUUCUUCAGUCUGCCUCCAUCUCCGCUCCAGCAACAACAUUAACUUUUUUUUACUUCAUUCUUUCAAAAGUUCCCAAUUCUUUUAAAAUUUUCAAAAUUUAGUCCUAUAUUUCCAUAAAAACAACAGCCACCAGCCACCCUCACCGGGGCGAGAGUUCAAUCAUUUUCCCUCUGCCUUCAGCAGGAAGGAGAUUAAUUAAUUUAAUUCCUUUAUUUCCGAAGUUCCCGUUUUUUCCAAAAUUCAUCAUAAUGCUCAGGAGGCCUAAAAAAGUGGCUCCGAUGGCGAUCCCCCAGUUGACCACGAUUGAGGAGGAAGACAACGAGGAGAAACCUUAUAGGGGGCCGGUUUUGGAUUGGUCAAAUGUGCCCCUGCCGGAAGCUCCGAUAGACUGGUUCAGUUUCAGAUUCGGCUUCGACCGCAAAUACCCCCAUCCCAACGGAUAUACGGGCCGUAUCGUGCCUGGCAUCAUAGAAGCACGUCGAGCCACCAUCCCCUUCAUUGGGGCCAAACGUCGCAGUUACGGUCGAGGAAGGUUGCCCCCCUGGGUUUGCCCUUUCCAUCGGCAACGACGACGACAAGGAAGUCCACGCCCAAAGGAAGACGAACCACCCCCAUCAUACCCCGUGCAUCCUCAAUCAUACCCCGUGCGUCCCCCAACAUCAUCCUCCGUCCGUCCCGGAUCAUCCGCCUCCGUCCGUCCCGGAUCAUCCGCCUCCGUCCGUCCCGGAUCAUCCGCCUCCGUCCGUCCCUCAUCAUCAUCCUCCGUCCGUCCCCCAACAUCAUCCUCCGUCCGUCCCGGAUCAUCAUCCUCCCUCCGUCCCCCAUCAUCUCCCGCCCGUCCCGGAUCAUCAUCCUCCCUCCGUCACCCAACAUCCCCCGUCCGUCCCGGAUCAUGCUCCAUCAGUCCCCGUCCACCCCAACCCCCGAUCGGCACCCAACGCCCGAAACCACCCCGUCCCCCCGGCCAUGAAGAGGACGACAAAGCCUUUGCCCUAAUGACCACCGAGAUCCACGGGCUUAUCGAUAACAUGAUCGCUGAAUCGGAGAAGGACGACGAUAUCGAAGAGUUUAACAGCUUAUCGGCGGAAAUUGAUGGUCUCGUCAAAACCAUGGCACCACCACUCACACCUCCACCCACCCCAGCGCCGCCACCAUCGCUCGCGCCACCAUCGCCGCCAUCAGAACCGGAGGAUUCGCGUGAUGUCUUUAACAUCCUUGCGAACACGGUUAACGAAUUCGUCGCGCAAGUUAUGCUUUCAAGGGAAAAAGGGGUUAGAAAAAUGUAUGAAGUGUUUGAUGUAAUGAGUCGAGGCAAACGGGAUGAAAUGGUCCGCAUAAUUGAAUUUCUGAAUGGCGACUUGCCUGGAUAUUUGCAUUUGAAGGAUGGAAUUCCGAGCACAAUUGGGGGUCCCGAUGUUCCCAACGAACUCGCCCCAGUCGGACCAAAAACAGAUCCAAUUGAAAAAUGGGAGCAGAUGUUCAUCGAAUGGAUUCACCUUUUCUCCAAGGAAGGAACGCCGACCGAUUCGACCAAACCAUUCCGCCUGUUCGUGCAUGAUCUCAGCCACGAAAAAAUCUUUGCGGACGACGAGACUCUCACGUCCUUCUUAACAUUCUGCGUCAAGUUGUGUAUCAAGGAAAUGUACAAAGUGGCAGAGGCGGCCUCCCCCUGGAAACCGCCCGACAAGGUGAAAUUAUACUACUGUGUCGACGCCUUGGCUCGUUUAGUCGCCUUGCUGAUCAAACAUAUCGGUGCUAAACCAAAAUGGUGCCCCACAACGAGACUUAUCUUGCUCCGGAAAUUCCUCGGAAUCUUGGCGACAUUAUUGCUCGAAGAGGCCAAGAAUAAAAAAACUUUUCAGCAGCUUGUCUUUCAUCGAAUGCUUGUCAUGUUGCUCCAGGACUUGAUUAAAGACCCGAAAUUUAACUGGAUUCAGAAGCAGUUUCUCUACGAAUUUGGCUACAUCCUCCACAUCCUCGAACCCAGCACGGUCCCUGGAUUCGUCUACUCUUGGAUGGAGAUCGUCGGCAAUCGAAACUUCUACAGCUUAAUGCUUCAAGAUGAUCAUCGCGCCCUUGCAAUUUAUUACCAACUGAUUUACGACCUUCUCAUAUUCGUGCGCCCAUUCCUGCGCAGCGCCGAUCUCCACAAACAGCCCGGCACCACCCUGUACCGCGGCACGAGGAAGCUCUUUUUACAAAUGUUUCACGAACAUGUCGAAUUCUUAACGCUGUUUUCGUACCAUUUUCUCACCCACAUCCCGCCCAAUUGUAUGCAAUUGAGGAACAUUGUCCUCUCCGCGGCUCCGCGACGAAUCCCGCUGCCCGAUCCGUUUACCACGAGUGUAAAAUUCAAAGAGCUCAAGGACGCGACAGGGACACCGCAGGUUUUGCUCGAAGUUGGCAAAACGCUUCACCGGAUACGUGCCCGUGCGCCCUUGAUGAAAUAUUUAAGAACACGGGAACCUAGCGACUUCCGGAGCCGACUACUUUGGUGUUUGGAGCAAAAGGACGACGAUGGGAAGCGAUACGGCGCAAAAAUGAUUAACGCUCUGGUCGUAUUUAUGGGAGUAUGUCACGUCUACGUGCUGCAAGACGGGGGUAAAAAUGUCCGCCACAUCGCCCCCUCCAAGAUUGUGAAAACGCCUUUUAUGAAGAUCUACGAAUACAUGGUUCUCUACAUGAAGAAUGAACUCCGCUAUCUUUUCGUCACGGCGUUGGUCAACCAGCUCAAAUUCCCGUCCGCCUACACGCACUACUUUUACCUCGUCAUCCUCCACUUGUUCAAGCACGUCCAGCGCAAGGAGAGCGUCGUCGUGCAAGAAUGCAUCACCCGCGUGCUACUCGAGCGGUUGAACAAGCUGGACGAUCCGCACCCUUGGGGACUUCGCGUCCUCUUCAGCGAGCUCAUUAGCAACGGCGAACUCAAAUUCUUGGAACAGCUCGACUCCUACGCGCCGGAAACUGCCGCCCUUUUAGACCACGUGCCUGACCCCUACAUGGCCAACAAGUACACCCCAGUCCCACCCUUGUUCAAGUAUGACGUCGAUUUUCCAGAACUCGACGUGGAGAAAAAACAGCCAAAAAAGUGGAUGAAGUAGAAGUUGUGCUGUUACUUUAUGAAUCUCAAUUAUUAUCUUGUUCUUAUCAAUUACCGGUUUUUUCUUUCGCGUGUUAUUAUGUAAAUUCGUGAGAUUGUUGUUAUCAUGUAAAUUCAAAUUCUUGUGGUUAGUGUUAUUAUGUAUGUAAAUUGUAGGGAUUGUUGUUAUUAUGCAAAUGGAAAAGGUAGGAGGAGAUCUGUUUUUAUUGUUGUUAUUUGAUUGAUCUCCAGUUUGUAUUGUUUUGUUGUUCUUUUUAAUUACUAGGGGUUUUAUUAGCGUUUUAUCAUGUUAAUUCUAGGGAUUGGUGUUGUUAUCCAAAUUCUUGUGAUUGAAUGUUUUGUUAUUAUGAUUAGUUCAAAUUGGCGAUGUGUUUGAUGAAAUGAUUUAAUUUUUUUAUAAUGGUCUCACUGUAUUAACUAAAUUCUUGUAAUUCUGAUUAUUAAAUUGGCAAAAUAGUAAAAAAAAUGGAAAAAGUAGGAUAAGAUCUGUUUUUAGUGUAACGUAAUCUCAAUUUCGAAUUAUUUUGCUAAUUGCUUUACAAUUCUGGUCUUGUAUAAUGCAAAUUCUUGUGAUUCUUGUUGUUAUUAUUAUAAUUAAAUAGUUCGAGGUGCCAACUUGGCGAUGUGUUUGAUUGAAUGAUUUAAGUUUUUAAUAAUGGUCUCAUCGUAUUAUGUAAAUUCAUUGUGCUUAUUAAGUUGGUACAACAGCCAAAAAAACUGGGAAAAGUAGGAUAAGACCUGUUUUUAGUAUUACUUAAUCUUAAUUUCGUAUUAUUUUGUCAAUUGCUUUCGAAUCUCAGGUUUGUAUCAUGGAAAUUCUUGUGAUUGUUGUUGUUAUUACGAUGAUUAGUUCGUGGUGUCAAAUUGGCGAUUUGUUCAUGGAAUGGUUUAAUUUUUAUAAUGAUCUCAUCGUAUUAACUAAAUUCUUAAGUUAUUAUUAUUAUGUUUGAAGUUCAUGUAAUGGGUUUGAUUUUGUUGUAAUUUGAUGAGUUCCUGGGUGGCUAAAUUGGUAUCAUGUUCCUAAACAAUAAAUCCUUCUAUUAUGUAAAUUCUUGUCAUUAUGUUAACAAAACUGCCAAAAAAGUAGGAUAAGACCUGUUUUGAUUCUUACGUAAUCUCAAUAUCCUAUUAUUUUGUUAAUUGCUUUACAAUUGCGGUCUUGUAUUAUGUAAAUUCUUGUGAUUUUUGUUAUUAUUAUGAUUAGUUCGUGGCGUCAAUGUAACGAUGUGUUCAUGGAAUGCUUUAAUUUUUUAUAAUGGUCUCAUUGUAUUAACUAAAUUGUUGUAAUUAUUGUUAUUAUGCUAUCAAAACUGCCAACAAAAAUGGAAAAAGUAGGAUAAGACCUGCUUUUAGUAUUACUUAAUCUGAAUUUCGUAUUAAUUUGUCAAUUGCUUUCGAAUUCUGGUCAUGUUUGUGAUUGUGAUUGUUAUUAUUGUGAUUUGUUCGGGUUAAAUUGGCGAUGUUUUCAUGGAAUGCUUUAAUUUCUUAAUCCUAGUCUCAUUGUGUUAUGUAAAUUCUUGUACUUGUUCUUAUUAUGUUAACAAAACAGCCUUAAAAAAUAGGAGAAGACUUGUUUUUAUUGUUGGUACUUAAUCUCAAUUUCUAUAUUAUUUAGUCAAUUGCUUUCGAAUCUCAGGUUUGUAUUAUGCAAAUUCUCGUAACUUUUGAUGUUAUUAUGGUUAGUUCGUGGUACUAACUUAACGAUGUGUUCAUGGAAUGAUUUAAUUUCUUAAUCCUAGUCUCAUUGUAUUAUGUAAACUUUUGUAAUUGUUUUUAUGAAGUUGGCAAAACAGCCAAACAACUGGAAAAAGUAGGAUAAGACUUGAUUUUAGUAUUACUUAAUCUCAAUUCCGUAUUAUUUUUCUAAUUGCUUUCCAAUCCGGUCUCAUUGUAUUAUUUAAACUGUUGUAAUUGUUCUUAUUAAGGUGGCAAAACAGCUUUAAAAAAAUAGGAUAAGACCUGUUUUUAUUGUUACUUAAUCUCAAUUUCUAUAUUAUUUAGUCAAUCGCUUUCGAAUCUCAGGUUGAUAUUAUGCAAAUUUUUGUAAGUUUUGAUGUUAUUAUGGUUAGUUCGUGGUGCUAACUUAACGAUGUGUUCAUGGAAUGCGUUACUUUUCUAUAAUGGUCUCACUGUAUUAUGUUAAUUCUUCUAAAUUCUUGUUAUUUUAUUACGUUUGGAGUUCUUGUAAUGAUUUGAUUAUUGUUUAAUUCAAUGAGUUCUUGUUAUCGUGUUCCUAACCAAUAAAUUGUUCUAGUUCGAGUUUAAUUCUGUUAAUAAAUAAACUGUUGCUCAAACGAAACGUAACAAAGGGAUGAAACCCCCUC